AUGUCAUUAAAGUUACCAACAGCCCCCAAUGCUGGGUUAUUCAAACAAGGAUAUCAAUCAUACUCUGCCACCGAUGGUGCUAUAAUUAGAAACAUCGAAGCUGUCAGGGAAAUCUCCAAGAUUGUGGAAACUUCAAUGGGUCCAAGUGGAAGAAACAAAAUUAUCGUCAAUAAGUUAGGUAAAACUUUCAUUACUAAUGAUGCUGCCACUAUGAUCAAUGAAUUAGAAAUCGUUCACCCUGCAGUUAAAAUCUUAAUCAUGGCUUCUAAACAACAAGAAUUCGAAAUGGGUGAUAAUACCAAUUUUGUCAUUAUUUUAGCAGGGGAAUUAUUAAACAUUGCUGAAAAAUUAUUAACUUUAGGUUUGAAUGUUAGUGAAAUCAUUUCUGGGUAUAAAUUAGCUAAUAAUUAUGCUUUAGAACAAUUAGAUAAUUUAGUUAUCAAUAAAGUUGAAGAUUUCACCGAUUCAAAAGAAUUAUAUAAAAUCAUUAAAUCAGUAGUUUCAUCAAAACAAUUAGGUUUAGAAUCUAUUAUUUCCAAAUUAAUUAUUCAAGCUGUUCAAUUGAUUUUAAACCCUAAAAACCCUAGAUCUUUUAAUGUUGAUUCCAUUAGAGUAGUUAAAAUUAUGGGUUCAAGUUUAUCAAAUUCUGAAGUCAUUAAAGGAAUGGUAUUCCCAAGAGAACCUGAAGGUUCAAUUAAAACCAUCAAGGAAAGAUCUAAAGUAGUGGUUUUCUCAUGUCCUAUUGAAGUUUCAUCUACUGAAACUAAAUCAACUGUUUUAUUACAUAAUGCUAAAGAAAUGUUAGAAUUCUCUCAAGGUGAAGAACAACAAUUAGAUCAAAUGUGUAAAGAAAUUAGUGAUAGUGGAGUUAAAGUUAUCAUUGCUGGGGCUUCAGUAAGUGAAUUAGCAUUACAUUAUUUCAAUAAAUAUAAGAUAUUGGUAUUAAAAGUACCAUCAAAAUUUGAUGUUAGAAGAAUUUGUCAAGUUUGUGGUGCUACCCCAUUACCAAGAUUAGGGGCUCCAAUGGUUGAUGAAAUGGGAGAAAUCGAUUAUAUCGAAACCAGAGAAAUCGGUGGUGAUAGAGUUACUAUCUUUAAACAAAUUGAUUCUAUUUCAAGAACUGCUACUAUUAUAUUGAGAGGAGCUACACAAAAUAAUUUAGAUGAUGUUGAAAGAUGUAUUGAUGAUGGUGUUAAUGCUAUAAAAGGAUUAAUCAAAAACACUAAUUUAGUACCAGGAGCUGGAGCUACAGAAAUUGAAUUGGUUAAAUUAAUUAAUAAAUAUGGUGAAUCAACUCCUGGUUUAUCCCAAUUAGCCAUCAAAAAUUAUGCUAAAUGUUUUGAAAUCAUUCCAAAGAUCUUAGCUGAAACUUCUGGUUUAAAUUCAACUGAAAUCUUAUCAAAAUUAUAUUCUAUUCAUUCAUUAGAUGAUAAUUCAGGUUUAAAUAUUGGGAUAAAUAUCGAAGAUGGUGAUGCUUUAAUUAAUGUUGAUGAUGAAGUUAUUUAUGAUUUGGCUGAAUGUAAGAAACAUGCUAUAAAUUUAGCUACUGAAGCUGCUAUUACUAUUUUAUCAAUUGAUCAAAUUAUUAUGGCAAAGAGAGCAGGAGGUCCUGUAAUGCCAACCAAACCAACUGCUCAAAAUUGGGAUCAAGAUGAUUAG